GAAAGCCACUGUGAUUGUAAAAGUUCUUGCAGUGUAAAAAGGAAAGAGAAUGAAACUCGAGGUUGUCGUUGCAAAGGGCGAAAUGUCGAAUGUUCGGAUAAAUGCCGGUGUGGUACUCGCGAUAAACCUUGCAAGAAUAGAGUAAGUAUGUCAAUAUAUUAAUUUAAACAUUAAAAUGAUAAAUCGAAAGCAUGAAUUUAACAAUUGCUUUUAUGAUUUUCGUCUAGGCAAUGACAAAAAACAUGGGAAGGGAAAGAGACAACAGGAGUGAAAAAGCUACGGAUACUCGUGCAAAACAAGGCAAAGAAAAAGGCUUUCGUCUUAGUUCUAAACCAACCGAGUCAGAGGAGACACAGAGGGAAAAGGAGCACAAAGAUGUCAAGGUAUAGCGCAUACUUGAAUUUGUUGAAUACGUUUUAAAUGAAGCCCUUUUUGCAUGUUUGGUAAACUUUGUUUACGUUUUUGGCAGGCAAAAACUACCUAGAAUGUAUUGUAUUGUAUUCUUACUCUGCUAAUGCAGCAUUGCUCUCGUUCAUGCUUAUUUGACUACCAAAAAAAGUAAACAAGGUUAACUUAUAGGGUCUGUAAUAGAGAUUUUUCAAUAUAUUGAAAUACUGUAUACAUAUACAGUUUACAGUAAGGUACUGUACAUGCAGGACUUGCAGUGGCGUAACGUUAUAUCAGGGGGCCCCCGGUUCAAAAUUUUCGAAGGCCCCCCUAGUGGACGUACCAAAGGCACGAGUCGAGCCCCGUAUAUGCACGAGUUUUCUAGGGGGUCCAGGGCAUGCUCAUCCGGAAAAUUUUUGAAUCUAGACUCUCUCAAAUGCCAUUUCCUGGACUUUGGGGAGAGAUUUUACAGAAUUCUGAUGGUCGUAAAACGACAUUGUAACAUAUCAGAGGCCCUGACCAAUAUUUUUGCUCUAUUGUCUAAGCCUGGGGGCCCCCAUUUGGGUUGGGGGCCCCCGGGGUCUCCCGGUCUGAGACCAUAGUAGUUACGCCACUGGGUACUUGGUUAUAGUGCAUUUGAAAGGAUUUAUAGUUUCACUUUGGGUUCACAAGUAAAAGUAAAUUUAUUGUCAUUGUUGAACUUAUGAACAUGAAUUUAGCCUAUUCUUGGUUUUCAACUAUUCCCAGGAGAGACAAUUGAACAAAAGACAUGACAGCCAUGCUGGUCGUCUUGAUAAAAGAAACCACAGUCACUGGUGGACAUUAAUUUUGUCCAUUUGUCUCUCCUGUGAAUAGUUGAAAGCCAAGAAUAUAUUAUUUUAUAUAGGCUACAAAUACAUUUGUACAAUUUUAGGAUUUUAUUGCAACCUUAGAUGAGGCCAUGGUAAAAAAACUAGCUAUAAGAAGCUUGCGAAGAGGGAUCGGUAGUAUGGACUACAUAGAAACAUUGCUCAUAAUGGAGGAUGAUCUUGAUGAGGAUGAAAAUUUUGGUGAGUUUGGUCAAGCAUCAACUGAGCAACCAACUGGUUCAGCAUUGGCAGACAGUGAAACAAAGAACAAAGGUCCUGUUCCUUCCGACACACAUAACCCAGAUCAGAUAGAUGAUUCAGCAUCAGGUUCUGUUCCAGAUUGGUGUGUUUGUGGCAGAUGUCACCCCAUGACACAAGAUGUCGAGAAUAAAUGUUGCAAACUUAAAAAAUGCAUAACGCUUUCUUCCCGAUUCGCGAAAUUGUGUCUGGAUCCUGAUGUGAUCGAGUUGUGCAUAAGAAACACAGGGGAUAUAAGAAACGAUAGAGAAGACAACAGCAGUAGGGCUUUUCGAAAAGCAGCCUAUAGGCAAUUUAUUCUUGCACGCCAUGGGCAUCUUGGUAAAGGAAACAGACGAGUCUACCCUUCAUGUGUAGUAAUGAAAAUAAGGGAACGGUGGCCAUCCAUUACUGGAGUUUACAUGGGGUAUAGGGAAAACUAA